AGUUCAUCCCUCUGAAACCUCAUGUACAUGCACAUCUCCGAGCCAGAUGAGAGCUCCCUGUCUCCUGUCUGAGUCCAUCUGCACGCUGUACACAUCCCAUUGGUCACAAAGCACCGGUGAUGGUGGGUGAUGAUUCUGAUUGGUCGCUUUGGCUGUCUCUCCAAACCAACGAGGGCAACGAUUGGCUGAUGUGGCCGUUCCCUGAGCAGCGGAUUGGUCGAUGCGUCUCCGCCUGGGCUGCUUUGAUGACAGGCAAAAGUGGUGCUGAUGCUGUGACAAUGGGAGUCAUCCAGAUAAGCAGCAUCUGGACCGAGUGUGUUUAAACAACACAGCGGCAGCUCACACGCAGGUAAACGGGACGGGGGUGAAGCAGCUGAACACGGAGAGGAAACUUCCAGCUGCUGUGCUGAAAAGGUGUAGUGAUGGGAGCGUUCAGCCGUCAGAAGUUUUUCCAGGAGCUUGCUCAUGGCUGCCUGCUGCCUACAGCUCAGCAGGGCCUGGAGCAGGUAUGGCAGCUGCUGGUGAUCUGCCUGCUGUGUCGGCUUCUCUGGAUGCUGGGCCUCCCCUCUUUCGUGAAACACCUGGGCACUGUGGCGGGAGGUUUCUACACUCUCUACCUGUUCUUUGAGCUUCACAUGAUCUGGGUGGUCCUCCUCAGCCUUCUCUGCUACCUCUUCCUCUUCCUGUGCCGCCACUCCACCAUCCGAGGCACCUUCCUCUCCAUCACUGUGCUCAUCUACCUGCUGCUGGGAGAGCUGCACAUGAUGGACACCACCAACUGGCACAAGAUGCGAGGUUCUCAGAUGGUGGUUGCCAUGAAAGCCAUCUCUCUGGCCUUCGAUUUGGACAGAGGUGUUGUGACCAGCGUACCCUCACCCAUUGAGUUCAUGGGCUACAUUUACUUUGUGGGCACAGUCAUCUUUGGCCCCUGGAUCAGCUUCAACAGCUACAAAGAAGCUUUAGAAGGACGUAAGCUGAGCUUUUCGUGGCUUUUAAAAGUGUCUGUUAGCUGGAUAAAGAGUCAGGUAUGCCUCGUUAUUUCCAACUGUGUGGCGCCCUACCUCUUCCCUUAUUUCAUACCUGUCUACGGAGACAAGCUGCUACGAAGCAAAAAGAGGAGGAAGAUCAGAGGUACACCGGCAAAGUGGCUGCUGGCGUACGAGAACACGCUGUCUUUCCACUUCAGCAAUUAUUUUGUGGGUUAUUUGAGCGAGACCACGACCACUCUGGCUGGGGCAGGCUUCACAGAGGAGAAAGAAAACCUCAAAUGGGAUAUGACUGUAUCCAAGCCACUGAAUAUAGAGUUUCCUCGGUCGAUGGUGGAGGUGGUAACAUCGUGGAAUCUGCCCAUGUCUUCCUUUCUGCACACCUAUGUUUUUAAGAGCGCUCUCAAAUUUGGGACGUUCUCUGCUGUCAUGGUGACGUACAUAGCCAGCGCUCUUCUGCACGGUUUGAGCUUUCAUCUGGGUGCGGUGCUUAUAUCUCUGGGGUUCAUCACGUAUAUUGAGCACGUGUUGCGGAAGAGGCUCGCAGCCAUUUUUAAUGCCUGUGUACUGUCAAAGAAAUGUCAGCCAAACUGCAGUCACAGGAACAAAAAGGGGCUAUGGGUUUAUAUGAUUAAUAUAGCAUUCAGCGCAUUGGCAAUACUCCACCUGACGUACCUCGGCUCUGUGUUCAACUCCAGCGUGGACUACAUGGAGGAGGAUGAGGAUGAUAUAACCCAUCAUACCAUUCAGAAGUGGUCAGAGCUGAGCUGGACAAGCCACUGGGUCACGUUUGGAUGCUGGAUAUUGUACCGCCUCAUUCUCUAAUAAUAAGAGACAAAGAAGCAGAGAAGGUAAAAGGAAGCAAUAACGAGAUUUGUAAGGCCGGGUUCUCCACUUCUGCACUGUGACUUUAUUCUGCAUCAGACCCGAAGAGAAGUGAAUCAACCUGUACACACAAACAAUAAAACCAACACGCAGGGUUUCAGGUUGCGCCGCAUGUUGGCUGGGUAAUCUAUUAUCGUAACCUGCCAGGGGACUAGUUUUGAUAUCCGUGAAAUGAUAGCCCGCUCCUCCCUCCUCUUCCCCGUAUCGCAUCCUUUUUUAUCUGAGCCGCAGUUGUCAAGCCCUCACGUUGUGACAGCAGUUACCGAUGUCUCACUGCGAGCCCUGCAAUCAAUACCUAUCAGCAUGGAGGAGAUCGGCUGCUCCUUUUUCUGUGGACACACGAUAGAGCCCGUUAUCUAGGUUUCAGCAUCAACUGCGGCAGAUGUCCCCCAGAUGUGGUUUCCCCUCUGCCUCGAGUGUUGUACAAUCGUAUUUUUUAGGUUUGACAGAUAAGUCUGGUGAUAUCCAAUGUUUGUUUUUUAUCUUCAAUAAAUUCCAAAAAGGCCAAAAGCAACAACGCAUUCUGUCUUUAUGACUUCCCCGGCCUGCUUUGAGGCUCUCAGCCAAAAUGCUUAACAUUUUUAAAAGGCUGAAACGUUUUUUAGCAGACAUUUGUUGGGAACUAUUUCAAGCAGCAGAUUAACACACAUUUCAUGCUCUAGUGAGCAUGUACAGCGAGCGGGGCAGUGUAUGUGGGACUGGCUCAAAAUAAACAAUGCCUACGUUCAUUGUAAUGAAGGAACAUGUGAUGGAAGCCAGAUCAGGCCUUCAGCUACAGAGAUAAAACUUGUUACUGAAUCAAUUCCUUGUUGGUUUUGGUCUUUUUUUUAUGGGAUUUGUUGGCAUUAAGCAAAAUAUAAAAUAUCACCAGACUUCUCCUUUAACAGAGUUUGUCUCCUGAGCAUGUGAAAGACUUUUGAAUGAAAAGAGCACAGGCAGCGAUUACAAUGACGCCAAUAAUUAUCUCCCCUUUUGUGAAUUUUAGAUGAAUCGGUGAGUCUAUGAAUUGAUUUUUGUGGUGAACUUUCUUAACGGUGUUUCUAUGUUUGUUUUGUGUUAUUUUAAAAAUUUCCUUUUCCUUUUUUUUUCUUAGAGACUGUGUCAUAAGUAUUUGUGAACACUCUCCAGUAUUUAAAAUAAAGGUUUUAGAAUCAGGGUAUUCCACAUGUGUUACUGUAGAGAAAAAAAUAUUUAAACUCUUCCAAUUUCAUAUUAGAUGAUAUUACACAGUGCACUAUAUUAAAUAUUUAUCCUGAAGUACAGUUUUUUUUAUCACUCUGCUGCUUUUAAUGAUGCAUUUAUGUAACCGUUACCCGAUGAAAGAUUCAAAUGAGCGUCUGUAUCAGAUUCUGUUCACAUUUUGUCGAUAUCUUUCUUAAAUCUGGAACGUCAAAAAGGAUUUGCUUCUUGACUUAAGUACGUGGUGUUUUUAGAUUAGAGUACGAAUGUCCGUUCAUUCCUGAGAACAAGUGCACAGUCUCUGCGGACCACACCGGUAACACUCCAAGUACAAGUACAGUAUUUUAAAUAUUAUUCUGAUGUUUACUUUAUCUUUUCUCCCUGUAAAUGUGAAGGCACUGACACACCUGUGAUAUUUUUAUAAAAAUUUUACAUGAA